CCCACAAGACGACGACUUCGCCUUAAGCGAUCCGAUUUCUCCUGCUCCCCUACCUCUCCCACCCUCUCUCGUUCUCGCUCGCUUCCCCCGAACCUUAGAUUUAGGUCUCUGUUCGCUUCUGAGAUCAGGUUAGGGUUUCGAAACCGAGCGUAUCCAUGGCGAUGCAGGUGGGGAUGGGCCUCUCCAGAGUUAUACUCCUCGUCGGAGCAGGGGUUACGGGUUCGAUCGUGCUCCGCAACGGUCGAUUCUCUGAUAUAUUGGCGGAGCUUCAGGACAUGGUGAAGGGAUUGGAAAAAUCGAGAGAGAAGGGAGGUGAUUCUGAUUCCGACGUACAUGAAGCUCUUGCUUCUCAGGUCCGGCGGUUGGCUUCGGAGGUUCGACAAAUUGCUUCAUCUCGUCCCAUUACUAUUCUCAAUGGAAAUUCAGGCCAAACAGCUGUAACAGCACUUAUUGUACCUGCUGCUACCUUGGGGGCAUUGGGCUAUGGAUACAUGUGGUGGAAAGGCCUCUCUUUCUCUGAUCUUAUGUAUGUCACGAAGCGCAAUAUGGCGAAUGCUGUUUCAGGCAUGACGAAGCAUCUUGAGCAAGUGUCUGCUGCUCUUGCUGCUACUAAGAGGCAUCUCACACAGCGCAUUGAGAACUUGGAUGGUAAACUGGAUGAACAAAAGGUGUUAUCUGGAACAAUAAAAAAGGAGGUUACUGAUGCUCGCCUUCAACUUGAGAAUCUGGGUUCAGAAUUAAGCAACAUCCAACAAUUGGUUUGGAAUAUGGAUGGGAAAAUGAAUGCAUUGGUAGCGAAACAGAAUUGCUCGCUGGCUGGUGUAAUGUACCUCUUACAGUUUGCUGAGGGAAAAGGUGGGAAAAUGCCUGAUGCUCUCCAGGAUGGAUUGAAGUCUGUUGGGAAGCGUUUUGUUGGAUGUGGAGAGACUAAAAGUUUAAAGGGGCUGCAGCAUAUUUCAGAGGUUGAUUCAGAAGAAAUUGUGAAGGCCUUCAAAGAAACCAUCACCCAGAAUGAUGUUGAUUCUGAUUCCCUGGACAACUUCAAAGGGGGCUUAUCCAGGACCGCAUCCCUGAAAUGCUAAUGGUAAAGCUUGUUUAUAAAAUCAGCUGGUGUGGGGCUUCCUUUCUUUACAUACGUCAUUCAGGGCUGGUAAAGAAGCCCUGUGAACUUCGGCUUAUAAGAAUGCGAAAGUAUGUUUGCAUGUUUUUUUUUUUUAAAAAAAGGUGAAUGCAUACUGUAAAAAGCCUGCUGCUUUGGUGUUAUGCUAUGUUUACACCCUGCUUUGUUUGGGGGACUUUUUAAGAACACUUUUGAAUAUUGUAGUCGGAAGUGAUUUAUGGCAUCUGUCUUAGGUUUAGUUUGGUAUUGAGAUCUA